AUGCCUCAAAGCCCAGCGGGAACAACUUUUUCCACGUUGACUACCCAGACCCGGACCCAGACCCAGUCGACGGCGAAUCCAACAGGUAGCCACUUACAGUUUGGUGGUGUCAACAUUGCCGGCUUCGAUUUUGGCUCAUAUGGUACCUGUGGCAACCACCAUAAUCCCCCAUAUGUCAACUCCAACAACUACGUUGCACAAAUCCACCAUUUUGUCCACGAUGACAAGUUGAAUGCAUUUAGACUGCCCGUAUCAUGGCAAUCUCUCAUCAACCAGUUUGGUGGUGCGGAUCUUGGCACGAACGCACUUAAUGAGAAUCACUUUGCACAGUACGAUUCGCUUGUGUCGGGAUUCCUGAAUUCUGGGGCUGCUUUAUGCCUGAUCGACCUGCACAAUUAUGCUCGCUUCAAUGGCAAGAUCAUUGGUCAAGAUGGACCGAGUGCUGCUCAACUUGCUAGUAUCUGGUCUCAACUCGCCACCAAAUACGCUUCUCAAGGUCGAGUCGCGUUUGGACUCAUGAACGAGCCUCAUGACGAGAGUUGCAACUCACCGAAUGGUGGAGUGAUAAACAUAAAUGGCUGGGCGGUCACAAUCCAGACUGCCGUGAGUGCCAUCCGCCAGGCAGGCGCCAUGAGUCAAAUGACUGUACUUCUGGGCAAGGGCUGGACCCAUGCAGCCACUUACCUGCCCUCGAACGCGGAUGGUUCUGGCCCAGCGCUGAUGGGUAUCAUUGAUCCAGCUGGCGGGACUUCAAAGCUGGUCUUUGAGGUGCACGAAUAUUUGGAUUCCAAUAACUCAGGCUGCAACUGUAAAUGCGUCACCAACAACAUCGACACAAGUUAUGGACGAGGCGGGCUCUCCAAUCUUGCGAACUACUUACGGUCGAAUGGUCGUUUCGCAUUGCUCACUGAAACCGGUGGUCUGAACAACGCGAACUGUUCAACAUACCUCUGCCAGGAGCUGAGUUACCUUGCAAACAAUACUGAUGUUUCCCUCGGUUAUACUGCCUGGGCAGCUGGAGGAUUUGAUGCGAACUACGAGUUGACGUUGACACCAACCCAGAACGGGAGACAGACACAUCCCUCGUCCAGAGUUGUGUUGCAGAAUGCUUCCAAGGACACUGCUGAAUGA